UCUUAUUCCAAGGCAUUAUAUAUUACAUAUACUAUCCACGAAUAGGUACAUGUAUGUAUAGAUAAAGUAGUACACUUGAACAGAUGAAUGAACGUUAUACAACUACAUCAUUUCAUUGGCUAUAUAUUAUGAGAAUCAGAGGUCCCAGCCUCACGCACAUCUGUUUGAUUCUGGGACAGAUCGAGGAAUGGCAAUGGCUAUGCUGGUUCCAUGGUUGGCAUGGCUUCUAGUCUCUCUGCUCGCAGCAUACUUCCUCGAGCUCUAUGCCCACGCUCGCCGGGGCCUUCCGCCGGGGCCCCGCCCACUGCCUUUAAUCGGCAACCUCCACCUCGUCGGCGACCAGCCACACCGCUCCCUCGCCCGCCUCGCCCAACUCCACGGCCCGCUCAUGUCGCUCCGUCUGGGCGCGGUCACCACGGUGGUGAUCUCCUCACCGGAUGUUGCGCGCGAGUUCCUGCAGAGGCACGACGCUGUCUUCGCCAAUCGGUUCGUGCCCCACGCCGUCGGCGACCACGCGGACAACUCCGUGCCCUGGUUGCCGCACUCCGCCCGCUGGCGCGCCCUCAGGAAGAUCAUGGCAACUGAGCUGUUCGCGCCGCAGCGCCUUGACGCGCUCCAGCACCUACGCCGCCACAAGGUGGACGAACUCGUCGCCCAUGUCCGGCUGCUGGCACUGCAGGGAAGCGCGGUGGACGUCGGCCGCGUGGCGUUCGCCACCUCCCUGAAUCUUCUCUCCCGCACAGUCUUCUCCUGCGACCUGACGAACCUCGACGACGACCACGCCGGAUCCAGAGGAUUCCAAGAGGUGGUGACGGAGAUCAUGGAGGUUGCCGCAAGUCCCAAUCUCUCGGAUUUGUUCCCAGCGCUGGCCUGGGCGGAUCUGCAAGGAUUGCGCCGGAGGUUGGCGAAGCUGUUUGCACGGCUGCACCAGGUGUUCGACGUGGAGAUCCGCCGGAGGUUGUGCGAGCGUGAUGCCUGCGAUCCCCGGAGGAACGACUUCCUCGACGUGUUGCUUGACACCACGACCUCCACAGCGUUGGGCCGCGACACGCUCCUGUCGUUAUUCACGGAUUUGUUUGCUGCAGGCAGUGAUACAAGCUCCAGCACGGUGGAAUGGGCAUUGACGGAGUUGCUUAGAAACCCAGUCUCAAUGGUUAAAACAUGCAAUGAGCUUGGAGCAGCCAUUGGCUCGGCAAGAAACAUUGAAGAAUCUGAAAUCGACCAGCUUCCCUACUUACAAGCUGUGAUAAAAGAGACUUUUCGACUGCAUCCUCCCGUACCACUGUUGUUACCGCGACGAGCUGAGGCUACCACAGAAAUAAUGGGUCACAUAAUUCCUAAAGGCGCACGUGUGCUCGUAAAUGUAUGGGCGAUGGGCCGAGACAAAGAUAUUUGGCCAGAGCCAGAAACGUUUAUGCCAGAAAGAUUUCUGGAGAGGACUACUACUGAUUUUAAAGGUGGGAAUUUCGAACUCAUACCAUUUGGUGCAGGGCGUCGUAUCUGUCCUGGGAUGCCACUGGCUAGCAGGAUGGUGCAUCUGGUUCUUGCAUCACUGUUAAAUCAGUUCAAAUGGAGGCUUCCGAACGAGCUCGAAACAAAUGGGAUUGACAUGGCUGAGAAUUUUGGUGUCACUCUAAAAAAGGCAACGCCUCUUUGUGCUAUAGCUACACCUGUUUGAAUGAGCAGCCCAGAUCAACCGGGAUGACAUUAGUUAUGAUUGUUUUCCUGUUGGAUAAUAAUGUAUCUCGCAUGUCAUUUAAAUUAUUAUAUACAAGGUUUACAGUGAUUAG